UAGCUGGAUAACAGCUUGGGCUGUUACUCUUCUCAGUUAUUAUGGUUUUAGAAAGUUUUGAACUUUUGGGUCCAUUUUACUUAAAUUUGAGAGUAGGGCUGCUUUUUUUUUCCUUGCAAAUUGCAUGAAUGAUAGUAAUACUUUUUCCUAUGUGGUUAUCAUUGUAGAUACAUUGCUAGAGAAAGACAAGUACAACUUUGGUUUUAUCAGUUGAUAAGAAGUGGCAGGUAGUUAGUUUGUGUUGGAGAAUAUUAUUUUUUGCUUGGUCAGGUUAAAAGGACACAUAGGAAGUGCCUGGGUACAUGAGAAAAGCUCUGUAUACAGUGUACAGGAGGUGCCUGGAAGCUGAUGGGCAGCAUGGGUACAGCGGUAAGGGAGAGGCAUUAGACAGGCUGUGGAGGUUUCGAAAAAUGUAGUGAGAAGAAAGGACUGUUAAAUCAGUAUAAAUUGAUCCCAGAACAGGAAGAGUGUAUUUGGAAAAUAGGCCAUUUGCAAUUGAAUGAAAUGCUCUGUUUACAAAAUACAUUAAAUUGAAUGUUUUUACUGAGCAAGUCAAAAAUGUGAGAUGUGAUUUGGCUCAUCUUUUCAGUUUUGCUUCCAAUUUCCUUUCCUUUUAGUGAGGUACAGCUUCAGGUAAAAAAAGAAGAGGUAUGCUUUUUCUUAACUCAGAACUCCCAAGAUUUACAUACAAAUAACCAUUAGAUCACUCUAUUUCAAUUUGAGACCUAUUUAUAUUUUAGAACUUCUUAGAAGAGGAUGUGCUUCAUUAAUGUUCUUAGAAGUAGAAAGAAAUUCUUCUCUGCUAGGGGAGAGCUCCAUAACUAUUCUCAGAGUACUUAUGGCAGAUGUCAUCAAGAGGGCUCCUGUACUUAACUUGAACACUGACUGGAACCAUUUAUUCUGUCCACAGAUUUAAAGAAGUAUAGUGUCAGGUUCUGUGUGAGAAGAGUUAAACACAGGAGUAUGGUAACCACUACUACACUAAGUCACCUAAAGUUCUCUUCCAUGGCUGAUACUUUACCUUGCUAACUUAACGUUCAUUCUUUUGUUUUUUCAAAUGUUAUGGUGAAAUUGAAUUGCCUGCUUAGGGUGUACAGAGGUAGUUUAAAGGAAACUGCUUCCAUUUAAUGUUGCUUGUGUGGAUUUACAUGUUACGAUGAGUGGCCAUCAUCAGGAUACUGCCUAAAUUGUUUGAAGGUUUCCUGACUUGGAAUUAAUGUGUGCCGUUGUUUUGAAUUUGCAGUUUCUAGCAUAGAGAUCUAUGUGGAGUUAUUGGUAAAUGUGUACAGUGUUAUUUCUGUUUUAAUAUCUGAAACUCACAUUUGCUCUGUAAUUCUUACAUAAUUAGAACUACUAUCUUUGUUCGUGAUAGUUGUGUUAUUACCUACUAGACUUGUGUAAGUAGAGGGAAAGGAGUAUUUAAAAAACAGUUGUCUCUCAUUUUGGUUAAGUGCCAUAACUUUCUGUUCAUCUAUUGAUGGCUUGUCUGCUUCAGGGAUUUCAGAUUUUCUGAACAACAAAGAAUUGGAUAGCAACUGUACAGUACAUUUCAAUCCAGGGUGAACACACAUAAUCCCAAAAUUGUCCUUUUGGAACCCCAAAGCCUAGUAAGAGGCUUACAAGAAUGUUCCACUGUUCAAGGUCUUGGAGCAGUAUUUUUGAACUGAAGUUAUCAAUGUGUAGCUGCUUGAGAAAAAACUGGCAGAACAUCAGCAGUCCAAACUAAGACUGCUUUUUUCUCAUUGCAAAUCUGUACCAAGGAGUGGGAGGAGUUUACUUCUUACUACAGCUUGGAACAAUGGCAAAAUAUCAUUAUUUUACUUUGAUUUGACAGUCUGCCAGUUUAAGUCCUUGAAACUUGCAGCUUUCCUUGUGGUUUAGCAGAAUGCAUCAAGCCUAUUCAGCAUUUUAUUUUUGAAGUAAAAAUUUUCAGUGGCUGAACUUUCAAUGCAAGUGUUCAAAGGAGCAUCUUAAGUAGAGUCCUUUGCAGCCAGAGCCCCACAGCUGAGAAUAGAGAUUUCUCUUCACAGUAGCUGUCUAAGAACUUAAUAACUUCAGCAGAACUAACCAGUGCUGUGGAAGGAAGCAGUGUUGCCCUGGCUGCUGCUGCUUCCUCUCUCUUUAUCUGCUUCUCCCAUGUGUUAACUUGAGUGUUUGUACAGAAGUCAUAACCAGAUGGAGUAAAUGAUUGAGACUUUUUCUGAGAAUUCAUUUUAGUCUGGAUCAAUUCCUUGAGCUGGUUGACUGAGCAGCCAUAUGGUGUACAGACCACCUCCUGUACCAGCACAGGUGGCCAGGAAGAGGCUGACACCAUUUCUUUUGGUUGCAGUGCUGACUUAGGCCAAUUUUGUUGUGUUGUUGGAAUUGUAGCUCUGUAUCCUUUACCUCUUUCCUGGCAGGUUUGAGUUUUGGUUUGGGGAUUCAAACCUUUGUACUCAUCUUCCUAUGCAACUGCACUUCCAAUUUAUCAAAUCCUAAUAUUUAAAAACCAGUAGUACUUUAUCCUAAUAAGGCUUUCAUGAGCACUUGAGACACUUGGCCCCUUUACCUUUUCUAGUUAAAAGAAUAGCAGCCACCUUUUCCUUCCAGGCCUCUUUGAGCUAACUGCAGUGAGCACAUUUUUGUGUGUGUAGAAAAAUGCAUGGUUCCCCUUAAGCCAACAAAGUCCUUGUUUUUUAAGAAAUAUUAUCUCUAGUAUUACAGUAGUAAUUUAUUAUUUCUGGAAUUUCCAAUUUCUGCAUUGGAUGGGAGGAAAUUGCUUUGUAAUCCUUAGUAUUGCCCUUCCUUCCUCAAGUGUGUUACUUCAGAUGUAGAGGGUUUUGCCAGCCUUUACUCACUUUGACUGAAUAAAGGUUGAGGAGUACUGACAGGAGCGGCUCCCUCAGUGCAUCCCCACAGCAGGAGUCUGCAGUGGGCAUUUGGCAGCGUGCAGAUAGGACAGUGACCUCUUCAGCAAGCAUCCCUUAAUGGAAGCAAAUGUCUUUAAUAAGGGUCUCUUGUCACUGCUAAGCAAAUAAUUUUAAGGAAUGACACAAAUAGAAGCAGUGUUUCCCUCCAGUCUUUUGCUUGUACCUCCAUGGUCUGUGGGGGCAUGCACCAGGGUCGUGGAAUGUGGUAGCUGGUUUGCCUGUGUAGGCUCCAGCUAACAUUGAACUACACAGUGUGCAGGGAGCAGGGAGACUGAUUUCUCUCCCUCCCCUCUUUUCCUUCUCCUGUCAGGUUACUGGGUUUUUGACUUGUAAGAAUUGUCUGGUUUUGUAUUCCUUCAAUGUUUUGACCUUGUUAUCUUUCAGAGUUUUGAAGCUAUCAUCUUACAAAAAUACUGAAGUAAAUUAUCUUGUACAUUUUUAUUUUUUGAACCUGUUCUGUUUCAUACUUUGUGCAGUGUAUCAUCUUUGGUGAAGAUGGUACACUGUUAGGAGUUAAUACUUUAAAUAUAAUCAACCAUACUGAGUAAUUUUAAAAUUGGGUAAACUGUGAGAGUAGAACAAGUGUAUUAUCUUUUCAGACAGAGCACAGCCAUGACUUUGAAUAGGGUUCCUAUGAAAUCACAGGCAGAAAGCCCUAGCUAGAUCUUGUGACAUUUCUGGAAAGAGUGGUCUGAGUUUUCACAGUAAUCUGUUAAUAUGUGGUAUUUUAGGAUUACAAACAAGUUGUAACUGUAGCUUUAUCAUAUUGCUGAAAAAUCUCUUUGUUGUCUCAGCAGUUAGUACUCGGAAUACUUGAAGACUACACUCAUGCAAACUUCAUGCCUUUGAAGGUCUCUAAAUUUACUGCAAAUGGAAAUAUAUCAUUAAGUAAUCAUGUCCACAAGUCAAAGAAGGAAUCUAGCAAGUUCAAAUUGAGGUAUAUUCUCAAGACAAGACACAGUGACUCAUUUGCUUUUCUGGAUAACAUAAUCCAUGGAUAAAGUGGGAAAGAUGUGGAACAAUUUCAAAUACAGGUGCCAGAAUCUCUUUAGUCAUGAGGGUGGAAGCCAAAGUGAGAGUAUAGUUGUGAACUCCAAUAAUUGCUCAUCUGGUAAAGACAAAGCCAUCCAGAUAACUGACUUGACUCAACAACCCAGCAGCCCUUUGAGAGAAAACAUUGCUUUGCAAUUAGGCUUAAGUCCUUCAAAGAAUUCAGCAAGGCGGAACCAAAACUGUGUCACAGAAAUUCCUCAGAUUGUUGAAAUAAGCAUUGAGAAAGAGAAUGACUCGUGUGUCACCACAGGGGCCAGGCUUGCUCGAAGGGACUCUUAUUCUCGGCAUGCUCCUUGGGGUGGGAAGAAGAAGCAUUCCUGCUCUACCAAAACACAGAGCUCCCUGGAUACUGAAAAAAGAUUUGGUAGAGCACGAAGUGGUUUGCAGAGGAGGGAGAGAAGGUAUGGGGUGAGCUCAGUCCAUGACAUGGAUGCAGUAUCCAGCAGGACAGUAGGUAGCCGUUCUCUGCGACAGCGUCUCCAAGAUACUGUUGGGCUGUGUUUUCCCAUGAGAACUUACAGCAAACAGACCAAGCCUCUGUUUUCUAACAAAAGAAAGAUCCAUCUCUCUGAACUAAUGCUUGAGAAAUGCCCUUUCCCUGCAGGCUCAGAUCUGGCCCAAAAGUGGCAUCUGAUUAAACAACACACAGCGCCUGUGAGCCCUCAUUCAACUUUCUUUGACACAUUUGAUCCUUCCUUGGUUUCCACAGAAGAUGAAGAAGACAGGCUCAGAGAGAGACGUAGACUUAGUAUUGAAGAAGGGGUUGAUCCCCCUCCCAAUGCCCAAAUACACACUUUCGAAGCUACAGCACAGGUAAAUCCAUUGUAUAAACUGGGACCAAAGUUAGCCCCUGGUAUGACUGAGCUGACUGGGGACAAAACCAUAACACCUCCAGGGAACUGUGACUCCGAAGAGGACACAACGACGCUUUGCCUGCAGUCGCGCCGACAGAAGCAGCGUCAGAUGUCAGGAGAGAACCACAGCCAUAUCAGCAGGCAGGGGGCUUGGAAAGUGCAUACUCAGAUCGAUUACAUCCACUGCCUCGUGCCAGACUUGCUCCAAAUCACAGGUAACCCAUGUUACUGGGGCGUCAUGGACCGCUACGAAGCAGAAGCACUUCUGGAGGGUAAACCCGAAGGCACUUUUUUGCUCAGGGAUUCUGCACAGGAGGACUACCUCUUCUCGGUGAGCUUCCGCCGCUACAACCGCUCGCUGCACGCACGCAUUGAGCAGUGGAACCACAACUUCAGCUUUGAUGCCCAUGACCCCUGUGUGUUCCACUCCUCCACUGUUACGGGGCUUCUGGAACACUACAAGGACCCCAGCUCUUGCAUGUUCUUUGAACCAUUGCUUACUGUAUCUCUGAACAGGACCUUUCCCUUUAGUCUGCAGUAUAUCUGUCGGGCAGUAAUCUGCAGGUGCACUACGUAUGAUGGAAUUGAUGACCUUCCUCUACCCUCAAUGUUGCAAGACUUUCUAAAGGAGUAUCACUAUAAACAAAAAGUCAGGGUGCGAUGGCUGGAACGGGAACCUAUAAAAACAAAGUAAAUGAAAAUCAAAAUAAGCUUCUGGAACAUGCUUUUUUUUGUGUAUUACAGUUUAACUGCAGCAAGUGCACCGACAACGUCUAGCUUUUCUGCAAUAUCUUAUUUAAGCUGAGUGUUAGUAUCCUGUCAGAUGCUGCCUGCUGUUAAUCAAACUAAGUUGUGAUGCCUCUUGGAAACAAUGAGCAGACAAUUCUGCACGUUUUUCAUUAAGGCCUAUUGAAAAUAUUUUUGCUAAUUUCUAAAUAUUUUGUUUCCCUUUUAUAGCUGUAGUAAUUGGAUGAAGAAACUAUGAGGCAUUUCCCAUGAGGCAUUCAUGUAAUGCUGUUAAAGAAAGGCUUUAUUGGAGGGGCAUUUUUGCUAAUAUUUGAAGUGUUUUUUUAAAAUUCUCUUCUUAAAAACUUUACUCAGAGCAAUAAUUUAGCUCACAAAAAAGUUUCCAGAUAUUAGUGAAUAUUUUCAUGUAAUGAAGAGCAGUUCAUUAGAAGCAGUCCAUUAAGAGUUAAUGGUGCUUUGAUGCUAACAGAUGAAUCGUGCUUUUCACAGUGUAUAAGGUUUCCUAAUCAUUAAGACUUGAAUAUGCCUGCUCAGUACUGUAAUUCUGUUACAAACACUUGGAGAUUUAAGUGGCAUUGUUAGCAAAAGUAAUACUGUCUCAGACAGUUAAAAAUACCUUCCAGUGUGAAUUGCUGCUUCUGUGACAGGACACAGAAUUAGAUUACUGCUGUGAAACAUAAGGUUGUGGGUUUUUUCCAAAACAGAUUUUGGUGGCCUGACUGCUAGUAAGUUACAAUGGAAGGUAAUAGUGGCAAGAAAAAAAUGUUUUAUUAUUUAAAGUUGUCUGAUAUUUUUAUGGAGAACAUGACAAGUGGUUGAAUUAUUAUAAUCAGAGUAUAAUCUGACAUAUCUGAAACAAAUGUCAGGUUUCAAGGGUACUGGUACACUUUAUUUGUAAAUAUCUUUCCAUCUGCGCUUUUAAAAAUGUUUUAAAGUAAUAUGCACUGAUGAUAGUUUCAACAGAUUACUUAGAAACAAGAUUCUAACUUCUGUUUGCUUAUUUAAUUGGAGAUGGAACUUAAAGUAGUUCUGUCUUAGAUAUUUUGCACUAAAAUUUUGUUGGAAUGCCCUGACCCCUGGUUAAUGUUUUUGUACCAAUUCUGAGUGCUCCCUAGUUUCUUUACCAGCUGCUACAGUAUUUUAUUUCUUACUUCUCUAAGGCAGUGACCUGUGUGAGGUAGGAAACAUUUUGGCUGCAAGUACAAUAAACGUUAUUCUUGUAUGCUACACUAACCUUUCUAUUGAUGUAUUUUUCUGCUUGCUGUGCCUUGUUCUGGCUUUUUGUGCUAAUAAAGUACAGUAUGUUCAGUGUUAUACUUGUAUAUCUGCUCUGUUUUUAUAUAUUCAUGUAACUUGUAGCAGUUAAAUGAAUUUUUAAUAGGCUUUUCUUAGCAUUUAGGAUAGGUAAUGCACAAGUACUGUGCAGCUGAAUACUAGUUGGUCAGCACACCAUAUUCCUGUUUUUUGUUACAGUAACUUGACAGUGUACACCACUGAAUAACAUUUCUGUAGUCACUGCAAGGUAAUGGACUUGUCUGCAGGCAUAGAGCAUUUUACAGGUUUUUGUAAUGCAAAGGAUAAAUGUUAAGCAAAAAGUGUUCUAAAACAUUAUUGAUCCCCUGUAAUGGUUGCUGAAGGUGUUUCAGCUUGUUAUAUAAGUAACUGCUAAGGUUGAUAUUUUGAUACUCCCCACUGAGGAAUGCUUAUUCCUUUAAAUUGACAGUACAGCAGUGGCAUUUGUUCACUUUUAGGCUAUUUUAGUAAAUACUUGUACACACAAGCUGGUCAAAUGUCCUGUUUUUACCAAAGAAUACUGUCAAUUUAUGUUGGGGUAUUUUUUUAGUUAAAAAAAACCACAAAAACUCAAGAGUGGAGAGGUGCAAUUUUUGUUCUAUCAAAUAUUUAUCCCAAGCUAAGAUAAACCAAAGUAUUUGACAACUUCAUCUGAACCUAAGUAAUAUAUACGUUUAUGUUGGCAGAGCCUAAAAGAUUUACAUCAAUGGUGUCGUCAUUAUUCCUGAACUCACAAUGCACCUGAAGAGGAAUGAUUUAAAUAAUUUUGUAAUGACUGGAACAGCACUACAUAAAAGCUCAUAAUAUGAGGGGUUAAUCUGAAGCACCAAGAAAGCACUUUAAAACAUGUGUUUAUAUGCUUGUGGAAAGUUUGUGAUCCCGUUAUGCAUUCUUUGUAGUAGGUUACCUUCUUUCAUGUGUUAAAAGACUUCAAUUGUUAAAAUGGAACUUUGUUUAAAAUAUGUAAAUACUAAGUUUGUGUACAACUGUGCUAAUGGUCUCUUAAGUUUUGAAUUGUGUGUGUGUCAUUGGAUAUGCAAUUCUUGAUUUAAAAUCUGCUCUAAGCAUAAAAAGAGGAAAAAGUCACCAGCAUGAAACUGCACCUAAGUGUACCUUCACUGUGUCGUUCUCACUGUUCCCUCAGUUGAAUCUGAAUGCCAGAUGAGUUUACUUAAAUUCUUGCUUUUAAUAUUACUGUCAUACAGUCAGCCUGCAACCAAGCUUUGUCCUGGUGUAGGGACCUGUUUUCAUUUACACCUGUUGCCGUUGCUUGUCAUGAAUUAGCUGUGACAUUGUCAAUGUGGUCAGGAAUACACAUUCAUCUAAUUUUUAAUCAUGUGGUGGAAUCUUUGGGGAAAAAAAAAUGAAUAAAAACCCCAAACUCUUCUCUCAGAAAGUUUGCUCUUGCAUUGUAUAAAUAAUCUUUAUGGAGAGAUCUGCUUCCCUAAAACACACAGAAAAGGAAUGGUCUAUUUCUCUACAACUUUUUUAAAGCUUUGCUUCACUGAAAUAUACAGAAUAAUUUGCUAGUGUGGUUAUGCUAGAAUGAAUCGCUUUUUAAAUUUUGGUGGACUUGAGUGUUGACUAUUCCAUUUGCAGUGUAUUUCUUAAUGAAUACAUUUUCAGUUCUAAAGGCAUUUUAAUGCUAGUAGGUGGAGAAUGCAAAUAGUUGAUUUAUCAUUUGUGUUUCUCAUUCCGGUUUCAUUUAGAAAAUCUUAAACAUGUCUUAAAGAGGUACACAAACCACAGCUUUAUCUUUUUUUAAUUUAACAGUAGGAUUCAAUGUAAAAAGGUACACUUGUAUUAUUCCAGUCCACCCAAAUCAUUUAAUUUGGUUACAUGACAGAUGAGUUUUUGAGCCUCAGUCUUGUCAAGUUUUUUGAGGUGAUUCUUGUUUCUGCAGGAAGAGCUAUAGAAAGGACUUACCCCAUAGGAAGGUUUUGUGUAUAAAAGGUAUUUUAUAUCCCUGUGGAAUUGGAGAAAGGAAAAUAUAGUAUAUUUCGAGUAUACAGGUGGGUCUAUGAGUUUAGGAUUUUUUAUCAGUUUUAUCAGGUCUAUGGUAUUUCUCAGUUUUAAUUGUAUAACUCUUGAAAAUACUUGUAAGGCAGGUAGACACUUGUACAGGUAAUUUACUUGUCAGAACGGAACUUCUGAAGAAAAUAAGUUACAAAUUAAUGUUUCGCAUUUAUGUACUUUUAUGUGCAUUUGAAGACCUGCUGCUUACGAAAUGAUAGUCCUUAUCAGAAGCACAGUGUUGUGAAAAGAUGUGUCUAUCUGUAGUGUUUGACAAUGUGAAGUCAAGCCUUACAGAUAUCACUCAAAUCCUUAAGUCCAUAUUUAACUUUAAGGUUCUGCACUAUUUAGAAACAAGUAAAGAUUCUGAAUUUCUGUGAUAAAAAUCCUGUUUGCUCCAGUCUCCAUGUAUAAGCCAAAAUAUUUGCAAAAUGCUUUAAAGCUUUUCUCUGCUGCAGAAUUAAAUGUAAGACAGAAGUUGUCAUGGUCAGAAGUUGCUGAGUAUCAGAGAGAUGUAUCUGCAGGCAUCAUAGUUAUUUUUUUUCCAAAAUUAUCGUGAAAGACUAUUUAAUGGAAAAAUAUGAACUGAAUCUUAGUUGAUUCUUUCUAAAAAAGCAUUUCUCCAUGCAAGACAUUUAAAACUCGUAUAGAAAAUUAUGGAAGUGCUUUUUGAGCCUCAUUUUGUGAAAGUUCUGUUGUGAAGUGAGCAUGUAUGUGCCAAACCUUAAUCUGCAAGUAUCUGGCACAUGUAUAUUUAUACGUUAAUAAGAUGCCUCUAAGCAUGUUUACAUUCAUGGUCUUUUUUGAAGGUACUGAAAUAUGGUGAACAUUAAUAUAUUGGAAUUCUAAAAAUCCUUUCUGUUUUCUGUCUGUGUAUGGCAUGCUUUGCAAUUAAAAGGACUAUUUUGUUUGGAUCUUCACCUGCACUUAUAUAUUAUGUCCAGUUGAUUGGUGUGUUUUUUCCUGCUGUUGUCACACUUACCUAAACAGUUGUCUCUGGACUGUGACCAAAGGAGAUUUUUCCUACCUGUUAUUUUUAAAUAGAAAUCAAAUCAAUUGCUUUUAAAUUAUUAAUUCCUAUGUAGUGUGGUGUAACGCUGCUAAUUGCUCUCCCUUUUUGCAGUAUUGAUGUACAGAGAAUCAUUUAGCUUGACCAUGAGUUGUAUCUCCUGAAUGUAGUUGACUUUAAAUGUCUGAAUUUUAAGUAUUUUUUUAACUGAAAAUCCUCCUGAUGAGGGCUUUGAAAAGAAAAAGGUUUGAUGUUUUUAUGUCAAGAUACAUAGAGUGAAUGUUUAGCAAUAAGAUGAGAAUCUCCUGAAGAUACUUUUUAGAAGUCUUUCCCUGUCACUGUCUUAAAUCAAGACUCUUUAAAAAAGAAAAAACAAAAUCCCAACAAUCUCUUGAUGACUUAAACCUUACAAUCAUUUAAAAACUGAAAAGAAAUUUGGUGCUUUUACUUACUUUACUCACAUGUUGCCAGACUGAUUUAAGAAUAGUUGUUUCAAGAAGCAAAUUAAAUCUGUUAUUUCAAUGAAGCAUUGCCAUUUAUGAUUUUAUAAAAUAUUACAUUUAAAAAAAUAGUCUACCAACAGGAUGUUAACCUGAUACUGUAUUUGUUGUUAUCAGGGUAACUAUUGUGUGUAUGCUUUUUAAACUGACUAAGUGUUCACUUUGUGAAUUUGCAUUAAGGCCACAGCUGUUACCAGCAAGGUUCCCUAGGGCCAAUGAAUUUAUGAGCUGAAGCUCCUGGUGCUUGACCCCUUUUUGUCUUCAGUAGGAAAAGAAGUGUAUGACUGUAUGAUACAGGUGGUGUUACAAAUUUCCAUGUUAAGCACACAGCUACACUGACAAGCAGAAACUUAUCUGAACUUGCUUGUCUGGAGAAAAACAACCUCUCUGCCUUCUCAGCAGGAGCUGUAACUUGGUGGCACGUUGGCAAAGAGGAAUCAGAAAUAGGUUUUACUCUUCCCUGAGCAGCUGUUAAACUGAACAUGGGGUGUGUGCUUCCUUUGCAAUAGGGUAUCUGAACUCCUUAGAGCCCUGAGAAUUUUAAUAGUGUUUGGAAGAUACAGAAGCACUUGGUUGCUUUGUCACUUCUUGCUUUUGUUGUAGUUUUGCAAAAGCUUGAAGAGAUAUAUUUAUUAAAAUUGAAUCUAUGUAGUUACCAACUGUAUAAGCACUACUUUGUAAUUUCUUUACAGAGAUAUCAAAUUCCUACACAAUUAUAUUUAAACUGUUUUGGGAAAAUGAAUAAUGACACUGUAGGCACAAAUUAAUUCAGAUUGCACUAUAAACUUUCUUACCAGAAGCCUUCAUUCUUUACAAAGAACUAUGCGAUCCCUACACAGAAACUGUAGCUUUGGUGGUGCGCUAUUUGGUAGAUGUCCAAAAAAGCGGCAUCCAGACGGUCCCUGGACCUUUUCUGACAUUCCAGUUGAAGGGGCCUGGCAGGCCUGCUGGGCACUCGAGGAGUUGGCUGGCAAGCACACCAUGCCAAGUGUCACCCAAUGCCAGCACCUUGUGUGACUGUGCUGGUUUAGGUUGCCCCAGUUUAGAUGUUUUUUAACUCACUGCAGCUUAAAUGUUUCUCCACCCUGCCUAAUUUGUCUUUGUUAUAUGGUUGCCAAACUGUCUUGCAUCUUAAUGGAGUAAGAAAAUUCAUGUGAUUUAUGGCUAUCCAACCAGUGUAUUAAGUAAUAGAUGGCUCUGUCUUAAUAAACGGGGUAUAAACUGCCA